AUGCCUAAGGAGCUGCACGAAUGGUGCCUGGCGACCUGCAGGGAGAACAUGGCCGCCCUGUACGAACGUGUCUGGACGUGGAAUGACACGAAGAAGCGCAAACAGCUCUCCUCAGCGGCGUCACGCUUCCUAAUUGCGCAUGACGCGGGUGCGGGACGCACGCCACUGGCCUACGUCAACUACAGGUUUGAGGAGGAUGAGGGCCAUGCGGUACUGUACUGCUACGAGCUGCAGGUGGUUCGCGCGGCGCAAAGCCGGGGUUUGGGCCGCUUGUUGAUGGAGCUCACGGAGCAAAUCGCGUGGGGCUCAGGAAUGAGCAAGCUGGUGCUUACUGUGUUUUGCGAGAACACUGCCGCCGUCGCGUUUUACCGAAAGCUUGGCUACGUUCUCGAUGAAACGUCGCCGGACUACUGCCCCAGCGGCAGCAACCUCGUAUCCUCCAAGCACCAGAUGCCGUCGUUGGGUUUGCAGGCUGAACGCCGUGUGCCGGCGGAUUGUAAAUCACUGGCGUUGCAGCGAGAGUUAGCGGAGCAGCUGCUGCUGCCGUCGCCGCACCAGCUGCUUCACCCGCCGCCGCCGCCGCAACAGCCAUUAGAACAGCAGAGUUUGGUCCACGUACUGAGUGACAUGCCACAGGAGGAGCAGCAGCUUCAAGUCCAACAGGUUUUGGAACAGUCUUAAGCAGAGGUGAACAUGGGGCUCCAGCAUCUGGAACUGCCUUGAGCACAGGACCUGAGUAACUACAGGAUGAGAAUCUGCCAGGACAGCAGCCAGUGGGUCAGAAGCACCAACUACAGCUCGAGCACACAGAUGGGCCCACGGGGCUACAGCAGGCGCACUAGGCGCCAGCAGCAGCAGGGAAACAACAGCUGUAUGAGCGAUCGAUUUAAGCGGGGACCGCCUUGAAACCCUAAGCCGGC